CAUUUUUGAAACGUUGGGGUUGUUGGAGUGGUUGGAUUUUCCCUGGAAUUGAGUGAGAAAUUCAGAAGACUGAAGCCCAGGCUUACUGUCUACCUUUCACGGAGGCCUAGCCGUGAGAGGACAGAAGAAGGCACGUGGCGAAUCAUGACAGCAGACAAAGACAAAGACAAAGACAAAGAGAAGGACCGGGACCGAGAUCGGGACCGAGAGAGAGAUAAAAGAGACAAAGUAAGAGAGAGUGAGAAUUCAAGGCCACGCAGGAGCUGUACCUUGGAAGGAGGAGCCAAAAAUUAUGCUGAGAGUGAUCACAGCGAAGAUGAGGACAAUGACAACAAUAGUGCCACCACAGAGGAGUCCACGAAGAAGAACAAAAAGAAACCACCGAAAAAAAAAUCUCGCUAUGAAAGGACAGACACUGGCGAGAUAACCUCUUACAUCACUGAGGACGAUGUUGUUUACAGACCAGGAGACUGUGUGUAUAUCGAGAGUCGGAGACCAAACACACCGUAUUUCAUCUGUAGCAUUCAAGACUUCAAACUGGUCCACAACUCCCAGGCCUGUUGCAGAUCUCCAACUCCUGCUUUGUGUGACCCCCCAGCAUGCUCUCUGCCGGUGGCGUCACAGCCACCACAGCAUCUUUCUGAAGCCGGGAGAGGGCCUGUAGGGAGUAAGAGGGACCACCUACUCAUGAACGUCAAAUGGUACUACCGUCAGUCUGAAGUUCCAGAUUCUGUGUAUCAGCAUUUGGUUCAGGAUCGACACAAUGAAAAUGACUCUGGAAGAGAACUUGUUAUUACAGACCCAGUUAUCAAGAACCGAGAGCUCUUCAUUUCUGAUUAUGUAGACACCUACCACGCUGCUGCCCUCAGAGGGAAGUGUAACAUCUCCCAUUUUUCUGACAUAUUUGCUGCUAGAGAGUUUAAAGCCCGAGUGGAUUCAUUUUUCUACAUAUUAGGCUAUAACCCUGAGACAAGGCGGCUGAACAGUACCCAGGGGGAAAUUCGUGUGGGUCCUAGCCAUCAGGCCAAGCUUCCCGAUUUGCAGCCAUUCCCUUCUCCAGAUGGUGACACUGUGACCCAACAUGAGGAGCUGGUCUGGAUGCCUGGAGUUAAUGACUGUGACCUCCUCAUGUACUUGAGGGCAGCAAGGAGCAUGGCGGCGUUUGCAGGCAUGUGUGACGGAGGCUCCACCGAGGAUGGCUGUGUUGCUGCGUCUCGGGAUGACACCACUCUCAAUGCACUGAACACACUACACGAAAGCGGAUAUGAUGCCGGCAAAGCCCUGCAGCGCCUGGUCAAGAAGCCGGUGCCUAAGCUGAUCGAAAAGUGCUGGACCGAGGAUGAAGUGAAACGCUUCGUUAAGGGGCUCAGGCAGUACGGCAAGAACUUCUUCAGAAUCAGAAAGGAGCUGCUUCCCAAUAAGGAAACAGGGGAACUGAUCACCUUCUAUUACUACUGGAAGAAAACCCCAGAGGCAGCCAGCUCCCGGGCCCAUCGCAGGCACCGCAGGCAGGCUGUGUUCAGGAGGAUUAAGACCCGCACUGCGUCCACACCCGUCAACACACCUUCCAGACCCCCCUCCAGUGAAUUCUUGGACCUGAGCUCGGCCAGUGAGGACGACUUUGACAGUGAGGACAGCGAGCAGGAGCUGAAGGGCUACGCCUGCCGCCAUUGCUUCAGCACCACCUCCAAAGAUUGGCACCACGGGGGCCGGGAGAACAUCCUGCUCUGCACAGACUGCCGCAUCCACUUCAAGAAAUACGGCGAGCUCCCGCCCAUCGAGAAGCCCGUGGACCCCCCGCCCUUUAUGUUCAAACCCGUCAAAGAGGAAGACGAUGGGCUCAGCGGGAAACAUAGCAUGAGGACGCGGCGGAGUCGAGGCUCGAUGUCGACAUUGCGCAGUGGUCGAAAGAAGCAGCCAGCCAGCCCUGAUGGUCGCACCUCGCCCACCAAUGAAGACAUCCGCUCCAGUGGCCGGAACUCCCCCAGCGCUGCCAGCACCUCCAGCAACGACAGUAAAGCAGAGACUGUGAAGAAGCUGGCCAAGAAGGUGAAGGAGGGAGUCUCGUCGCCCCUGAAGAGCACCAAGCGCCAGCGGGAGAAGGUGGCCUCGGACACAGAGGAGGCCGACAGGACCAGCUCCAAGAAGACGAAAACCCAGGAGAUCAGCCGGCCCAACUCGCCGUCCGAAGGCGAGGGGGAGAGUUCUGACAGCCGCAGCGUCAACGAUGAGGGCAGCAGUGACCCCAAAGACAUCGACCAGGACAAUCGCAGCACGUCCCCCAGCAUCCCCAGCCCCCAGGACAAUGAGAGUGACUCGGACUCCUCUGCGCAGCAGCAGACCCUGCAGGCCCAGCCCCCAGCCUUGCAGGCUCCCACUGGGGCUGCUCCAGCUCCCUCCACAGCCCCCCCAGGAGCGCCCCAGCUUCCCACCCCGGGGCCCACGCCCUCUGCCGUUCCUCCGCAGGGCUCCCCCUCAGCCUCCCAGCCGUCCAGCCAGGUUCCGCCGGGUUCUGCUUCCCAUGCCCAUAUCCAGCAGGCACCUGCUCUGCACCCACAGCGGCUGCCCUCCCCCCUGCUGCAGCACCCAGGCCCCCCUCAGCCCUUUGGCCUCCCUCCCCAGGCCUCCCAGGCAGCAGCUCACCCUCACACCUCCCUGCAGCCUCCAGCUUCUCAGUCAGUCUUGCAGCCCCAGCAGCCCCCAAGGGAGCAGCCCCUGCCACCCGCACCCUUGGCCAUGCCUCACAUCAAGCCCCCACCCACUACGCCCAUCCCCCAGCUGCCAGCACCACAGGCCCACAAGCACCCACCUCACCUCUCAGGGCCCUCACCCUUCUCCAUGAAUGCCAACCUCCCUCCCCCUCCAGCACUAAAGCCCCUGAGCUCCCUGUCUACACACCACCCCCCUUCGGCGCACCCCCCACCACUGCAGCUCAUGCCUCAGAGCCAACCACUGCCCUCCUCCCCCGCCCAGCCUCCCGUGCUGACCCAGAGCCAGAGCCUGCCCCCUGCUGCUGCCGCCCACCCCCCUCCAGGCCUCCAUCAGGCGCCCCCUCAGCCCUCAUUCGCUCAGCACCCCUUUGUCCCUGGAGGCCCGCCUCCCAUCACCCCUCCGUCCUGCCCCAGUACCUCCACUCCACUCCCGGGACCUGGCCCGUCAGCCCAGCCACCCUGCUCUGCUGCCGUUUCUUCAGGAGGCAGCACACCUGUGGGGGCAGCCUGCCCGCUGCCCACUGUCCAGAUCAAGGAAGAGGCUCUGGACGAUGCCGAGGAGCCCGAAAGCCCCCCUCCACCACCGAGGAGCCCGUCCCCCGAGCCCACUGUGGUGGACACCCCCAGCCAUGCCAGCCAGUCAGCCAGGUUCUACAAGCACCUGGACCGGGGCUACAACUCGUGCGCACGGGCCGACCUGUACUUCAUGCCUCUGGCGGGAUCCAAACUGGCCAAGAAGAGGGAGGAGGCCAUCGAGAAGGCCAAACGAGAGGCCGAGCAGAAAGCGAGAGAGGAGCGGGAGCGGGAGAAAGAGAAGGAGAAGGAACGCGAACGGGAGCGCGAGCGCGAGCGGGAGGCUGAGCGAGCGGCUAAGGCGUCCAGCUCAGCACAUGAGGGCCGCCUCAGCGACCCCCAGCUCGGUGGUCCCAGCCACAUGCGGCCAUCCUUCGAGCCACCGCCAACCACCAUUGCUGCUGUGCCCCCGUACAUCGGGCCGGACACCCCUGCCCUUCGGACUCUGAGCGAGUACGCCCGGCCCCACGUCAUGUCGCCCACCAACCGCAACCACCCCUUCUACAUGCCCCUCAACCCCACUGACCCGCUGCUGGCCUACCACAUGCCCGGCCUCUACAACGUCGACCCCACCAUCCGGGAGCGGGAGCUCCGGGAGCGGGAGAUCCGAGAGCGGGAGAUCCGGGAGCGGGAGCUGCGGGAGAGGAUGAAGCCGGGCUUCGAGGUGAAGCCUCCUGAGCUGGACCCCCUGCACCCAGCCACCAACCCCAUGGAGCACUUCGCCCGGCACAGCGCCCUCACCAUUCCCCCCACUGCGGGCCCCCACCCUUUUGCUUCGUUCCACCCGGGCCUGAACCCCUUGGAGAGGGAGAGACUGGCCCUGGCGGGCCCCCAGCUGCGGCCCGAGAUGAGCUACCCCGAUAGACUGGCAGCCGAGCGGAUUCACGCCGAGCGGAUGGCAUCGCUGACCAGCGACCCUCUGGCCCGACUGCAGAUGUUCAACGUGACUCCACACCAUCACCAGCACUCACACAUCCACUCGCACCUCCACCUCCACCAGCAGGACCCCCUCCACCAAGGUUCAGCAGGCCCCGUGCACCCGCUGGUGGACCCCCUGACUGCUGGCCCUCACCUGGCUCGCUUUCCCUAUCCCCCUGGCACCCUCCCCAACCCUCUGCUUGGACAGCCCCCCCAUGAGCACGAGAUGCUUCGUCACCCAGUUUUUGGAACCCCCUACCCCCGAGACCUGCCUGGGGCCAUCCCACCCCCCAUGUCAGCGGCCCACCAGCUGCAGGCCAUGCAUGCCCAGUCGGCUGAGCUGCAGAGACUGGCCAUGGAGCAGCAGUGGCUGCACGCACACCCCCACAUGCAUGGCAGCCACCUACCAAGUCAGGAAGAUUAUUACAGUCGACUGAAGAAAGAAGGUGACAAGCAGUUAUAAGUUAUUUAUUGUUAACGCUGGCUGUGGAAGCCCCAGUCUUGGGGGGAUAAACAGGACUUUUUACAUACAAUAGGAGCUGCAAAAGCAAAAGAAUAUCUUCUAAAGAUUUCUUUCUAUAUUUAAAAGCCCACAACUAAAACUGUGUCAGCAUAAUAGUGUGUGUUUGUAGAGAGGAUUCCUUGAGACUGGUUUGGGUCUCCCUGCAUGACAGUCCCCCAGAAACUUAGUGAGUCCUGGACUGGACUGAACAUUCAGAAAACUACCCAGCAAUCUUGGGGUUCGGCUUUCGUCUCCUUCCCUUCCUCGACUUCUCAGUAGGUGCUAGAACCCAGUCACCCCCUCACUGUGCGUGCAGACACACUCGGUCACAUGUGUGCCAAAACCCGCGGGGUUGCAGAAAUAGGUGGCAUAUGAGUUUGGAAUCCAAGAGCUAUAAUUUUUGAAGAAUCUUUUAUUUUACUACAUUGUUGGAAAUCUUCAUAAUUUGAGAAAGUUCUGCAGCACGGCUUUUUACGUCUGUAAAUAAUUUUAGAGCAGCCUUUUUUUUCCUUCCACAAACUACUGUUCCGAUCUAUUUUUUCCAGCCAUGUCACUAAUUGUGAAUUCCUAUCGGCUAUUGACAGAAUACAGAGUUGAUUUUUUAAUAAAAAGUUAUAUAUAAUUAUCCCUUUAAUUAAAGGGGACAGAUGGGCGUUGCUAAUUACAAAUGGGCAAAAGCUUGGGCCUGGGUUUGGUCGCAGCAGUGAGCAUCCAGGGUUUUGCAGGGACAAUGUUACAAGCGGUUUUUGUUUCGCUGCUUUGGUUUUCCACUUCUGUCUGUUCCUGGCUUGUGCGUGGCCAGCGGUGCAGACAUCUGCCAGAUCGGACCUCCUGGCAUUGCACCAGGAGCGCAGGCGUUAAAUGUCCACCGUCCUGUGUCUGCCGGAGAGAAAGCACAUGUUUCUGUGUGUGGUUGCAGAUCUCCUGACAGGGUUCUAGGCGCACGUGUUUGAUUGUUCUGUCCGAACUGCCCUUCUCACUCUGACAACCGCAUAACAUUCUCGGAGUGAUUCCCUACAAGUAACUCCGCACGUGUGCUGGCCAGAGGCUCUGUUAGCCGUCUGCCGUUUCAUGUGUCCACGCGAUCUCGUCAGGCCGGGCCGUCCUCGCCACAGCCCGGGGCUGCUGUCCGGGUGGGAGAGGCCCCGGAGGUGGCACGGCCGUGGGUGGUGGCCUGUGUGUCUACCAGGAGCCUGGUGACCGUGUCCGACUGGGACACCAGUUGAGUCCCACCCUUCAUCCCGAAGUGGGAACUGGAGUGGCAGCCGCACACAUGGAGGGGAAGGCGGGCUUCCCUGGGAGGUGCCAGCUGGGGGCUCGGCCUUCUGCGUGGCCGAGGGGGAGCCUGGCUGCCUGCACCUGUUCCUGCCAGGCGGGACCUUUUCCUUCCUCUCCCCUCAGGUUCUUGAGGGCUGUUUCUGCCGUGGCAUGUGGUGGCCACAUCCAAGAAUUGUCAGACAAGAGCAUGUCUGUGGGCCGGGGGAUGUGAAGUACGUCCAGGACCCGAGCCCCAUGGGUAGGAAGGGAGGCUGGCGCUGGGACCAGACACCCAGGUGUCCGCGCAGGUCCGGGCAUUUCCCAUCCCUGCUCAACCGCCUUUGCUUUCAGUUGGGACAGAUAGAGGAUUGUUUUAUUUGUUGAAAAUGUUUGUAGUUUUUUCAUUAGUUUUCUUUCAUUCCAUUUCUGCCUUAAAUUUAGCUCCUUACAGGGGAGACAAGCUCAAAUGAACCCUUUGUCAUCGGACCUGUGGCUGCGUUGGCAGGGGCAUGCGUUCCUCGGGGGCGGUGGCUGCUGUCUGGCCGCUGCUCCUGGGGGCCUGCCCGUCCGAGGCGCCCGCUGCCCCCCAGCCUCCCGCCUCUGCCCCACCUUCUCCCGUCCCUCGUUUUACUUCUGGUAGAACCCGGCCUGCCGUUCCGUCAGGCCCCUUCGUCUCCUCCCCAGCAUCCAUUUUUCCAAAGAAGAGGGAGGUUAGUGCUUUGAAGUCUGUUGAAAGCUGUGGAAGGCGAGUCUGUCAGGCUGGUUCCCCACAUCCGUGGUGAAGCACUGAGCUCCCCCAGUCCGAGGCCCUCGCCUGGCCAGCUGCCGCGGAGGGGCCCGGCCUUCGCGGGGUCUUUGAAGCCCGGCCCCUUGGUUUCCUUCCUUUGUUUGAAGUUCGGUUUUGCUUUUCUGUGUUUUGUAUGUAUCUCGUUCCAUGUUGUCAAGGUUGCGCUUCAGGCCUCACGCAGCGGCUGCAGAGCGAGGUGUGCCCGGCGUGCCGCGUGUCUGUACCUUGAAGCUAAAUGUACAUAUGAGUAGUUUGCCGUGAGCUAACACAGUGUGAGCAGCGUAGACACCAGAGAUCGUGACUUCUGUGCUCUCUCCAUUCGAGUAUUUUGUAAUUUUUUGGAAAUAUUUGUGGACAUAAAUAAAACCAAGCUACACUACAACA